UGAUUCCAACUCAGCGAAGCCUGAAAACGGGUCGGCGAGCGUGAUGGACCUGACUACAGUGAAACGGACCAUGUGCCGAGUCGGUUUGCUGGUGGUGCUGGUCUUCUCGGCGGCAUCCGCACACCCCUCUCCGCUGCGAGCGCCCGUGUCCGAGUGUCCGCCGGAUACCCCGGACGGUGCGCGUGUCUUCAUCGCCAGCAACGAGAGUUGCACCGACUUCUACAUGUGCUCCCACGGCGUGCCGUACAAGCUCACCUGUCCGGGCGAGCUGUACUUCAACGUCGUCACUGGUCAGUGCGACUACAGACAAAACGUCAACUGCACGGUGCCGUCAGCACCGACGCGGUCGCCGGACUCGACGACCUCGAAGCCCGCUCCCACUGGGCUUCAGCGGCUUGUGCUCGCUGAGCUCGAGCUGGAGGAGCUCCAGCGGUGUCCGGAGACGGACGGCCCGUACCCGGUCAUGUUCCCCAACCCUGACGACUGCUCCUCCUACUUCAUGUGUUCGCAUGGCGUCGAGAAGCUGAGGCCGUGUCCGCCAGGGCUUUUCUUCAACAACGACACCUGGACGUGCGAUUUCUCGUGGAGAGAGCUGCGUGACAAGUGA